AUGUGCAGCAGCCGGAAGAUCGUGUGCAGUCUGCUGGUGCUGUCCGUGCUGCAGGUGGGGCUCGGUGCGGCCAGCAUCGCGCUCGGAGCCGUGGCCAUCAGCAGAGCGCGAAACGAGCACAAGACGCAGCAGGGUCACGCGUCCCCGGUGUGGAGCGGGGUGUGUUUCCUCGUCUGUGGGCUCUGUGGGAUGCUGUGUGCGAGGAAAAGGACUGGUCUGGUUAUGAUCCUGUUCUCAGCAUGCUGCAUUUGCGGCCUGAUCGGAGGAAUCCUGAACUUCCAGUUUGUGCGAGCGCUGGUGAAGCAUCCCGACGCUAUGUGUUCAUCGCACAUGGCCGCCAUGUCUCUGGCCUGCCUGGGGAUCAGCAGCUGCACCCUGUCCACGUGGCUGACGUGCCGGCUGGCCAGCAGCGAGCAGCAGCGCAUGUUCCUGGAGCGCGAGCACUCGUUGCAUCACUCGCACGAGAUGGCCGAGAAGGUAGAGGAAGAACGGAGGAGAGGAGAGCACAGUCCGGGUGUUUCUCACUGUCUCAAUGAAGUAAUGGAUAACUCCAGCAAUGGCAUCACACAAAUCACGUACAACAGUCGGAGCGCGUCACCUUGA